AUGCUAUGCAAUCCGAUCUUCAAGCAGCACGUGUGGGGCCAAGUCCAUCACGCGCGGCGCGAGAAGCUCAACGACCUCCACGCCAAGCGCCAAGAGCGCAAGCGGUCGAUGCUGCAAACGAGCGCCGCUUCGAUCCCUGAGGACGACGACGACGACCCGCCGCCGCCACGCCCCACGAUUCAGCCCCGCACCCCGACCAAGAGCCCGCCACGGUCCCCGAAAAGCAGAGACCCGGCGCGCCCCACCAUUCACAUCCGGUCGCCGGCCAACCCGCUGGCGCACAUGGCGUUCAAGUCGAUGCGGUCAACGCGCGGCCGAUCACCAUCGCGGAUGGCGCCGAGCGAGCGCACGGAGACCGAACACGCGGUGGCGACCAAGGCGUCGGGCCCGCCGUCCUACGAAGCGCGCUUUCGCCGGUUUGCCAAGCGCACGCUUCGCCGCAAGUACGCGAGCUCUGUGAUUGCCGGCGCGGUGCUUUUAGACACGAUCGUUAUGGCGUUGGACUCGACGGGCAGUACGGCCUUGGGCGUCCUGGACUUUUUGUUGACGCUGCUCUUUGCGUCCGAGCUCGCGCUGCGCAUCAGCGUCCACGGCGCCUUCCGCGGCCAUCAUCCAUUCUUUCGCGACAAAACCGCGGUUGUUCAGUUUCUUGUCGUGAGCUCGAGCCUCCUCUCGUUCUGCGUCUUGGGCUUUGGCACGCUCUCGCAGUGGCGUGUGCUCCGGGGAUUGAAAGCGUACCGGUGUUUCACGGCGGUUCAUGGCAUCAAGCGCAUCAUCUCGGCCAUCACCAAGGCGAUCCCGCUUCUGGCCAAUGUUGGCGUCCUUGCCUUCUUCUUCCUCCUCAUGUUUAGCAUCCUUGGCCUCGAGGCGUUUCCGAGUGUUUACGACGGCAUGUGCGCCGUGCGCGGCACGCCCAACACGACCCUCUUGAUGAACGACACGCGCCUCAUGUACCCUGUGGUCUAUUGCAGCACCAGCGCUGGGUGUCCACCGACCUUUGUCUGCGCCAAUGUAGACAGCUCUGAGAACAACCACUUUCACUCGUUCCAGAACGGGUUCGCAUCCUUCCUCCUCGUCUUCCAAGUCAUGGUCCUCGACGGCUGGAUCGACUCGAUCAUGGACCCGGCGCUCCAAACGACGUCCGACAUUGCGCUGCUCUUCUUCAUCAUGAUCGUCUUCCUUCUCGUGUUUCUCGUGCUCAACCUAUUUGUGGCGGUCAUCACCACCGCCUUCAUGGGCCACGACGACGACAGUAGCAACGCCGAGCCAGCACAUGCGGCGUCGCGCGGCCAGCUCGACAUGCGCAAAAUGGACAAGGAAGACGAAGAGCAGCACCUGUACAUGGUCCUUGGGACGACCAUGGCGGUCGAACAAGCCAGCAAUACGACGCGCCACGACGUGCCGCCGCUGCCAUCGCUGCCGUCGGCGCGGAGCGAGUCGGACGAUGAGACGAGUCGACGCACAAGCAACACGACGACCGACGGCGAGCUGACGCGCCGCAUGUUUUCGUCACUGUCGCUGCCGACCGAGACAGUGACGAGCUUUGUGAGCUCGCGGGACCUCUUUGCGCCAGUCCACGAGUCUGCCGAAGAAACCUUUCGACAAAAGCUCGCCUCCGUGCCCGGCGUCUCGGGGCGCCUGCGUCGGUGGGAUCGGAUGUUGUCUACCGUCCACACUGAUUGCUGUUGUAGGUUCAUCUUGUCCGAGACGUUUGCGGACCUCGUCAUGAUGUGCAUCAUUGUCAACACGCUCGCGCUCAUGACCGAGUACCCCAACAUGGGCGAGCCGUGGCAGACGUUCUUUGACGAUGUGGAAUUUUUCUUCUCCGGCGUGUUUAUCAUCGAGGUGUUGCUCAAGUUUUAUGCAUUCCAGAGCAUGCGCUUGUUUCUGAGUGCAUACGAGCGCUGGUUUGACGCGAUCGUCGUGGGUACCAGCGUGUGCUACACCAACGACGGCAAUUUGAAGACGCUGUCGUGGAUGGACAAUGUGUCCAUUUUGCGCACGCUGCGGAUUGGCCGGCUCAUGUGGCGCUGGCAAGGCACGCGGAAGCUCAUCGAGUCGGUGCUCAAGUCGAGCCGCGCCGUCUUCAACCUCUUUGUGUUUCUCUUGCUCAUUCUCAUUGUGCACAGCGUUCUGGCCAUGCAGCUCUUUGGCCUCGAGAAAGACAUGCCGCGACGCAACUUUCAAGGGUUCGUGCAGUCGUUUGUGACACUCUUCCAAGUGCUGUCGGGCGACGCGUGGGCCGACGUGAUGGAGUCGAUCCUCGAGCGCGACUCGCUGUUUUUCGCGCCAUUUUUCAUGCUCUUUGUGUUUUUUGGCCAAUUUGUCGUGCUCGGAGUCCUGCACAGCGUGCUGGCCAUGCAGCUCUUCGGCCUCGAGAAGGACAUGCCGCGACGCAACUUUCAAGGGUUCGUGCAGUCGUUCGUGACACUCUUCCAAGUGCUUUCGGGCGACGCGUGGGCCGACGUGAUGGAGUCGAUCCUCGAGCGCGACUCGCUGUUUUUCGCGCCAUUUUUCAUGGUGUUUGUGUUUUUCGGCCAAUUUGUCGUGCUCAACCUCUUCAUUGCGGUGAUUCUCGAGAAUUUCGAGAUCUCGGAAGAGGAAGCGUACCAACUGCAGCUCGAGCGCGUGCUUGCGAUCCCCAAAGAGCUCCAAAUGCUCGAAAAGAUCGAAGAGGUUGGCGUCCGCGCUUUUUACGCCAACAACGACAUACGCCAGCUUGAGAACGUCCAGGACAUCAAAGCGCGGCGGUUCCUUGGCGUGAGCGAGCGCCACAUACACACUACCGCGUCCGUGGCCCCAGCCGACGCGUUCUUGGACGACAUUGUCGCCAAGAUCGACACCAUUCUGGUCUCGGCCACGUUCAAGUGGUUCAUCAUCCUCACGAUUGUGCUGAGCUGCGUCGGCUUGGCCAUGGACGACCCGGUCAUCAUCAGCCAACUCUCGGCGACGGAGCUCGAGGCGCAGAACGCCAAGGCGUACGCUCUCGCGUCCAUCAACACGUUUGCGCUCGUCGUCUUUGUCUUCGAAUUCGCGCUCAAAGUGACGUCGCAAGGCUUUGGAUUUCGGUACCUGCUCUCCAAGAUGUUGCCGUGGUACGAGCGCGCGUAUUACCGCAGUCGGUACGAGAGCAACGCGCGCAAGACGCCGCAUCGGUCGUUGAAGAAACACUACAUUGAAGACCCUUGGAACCGACUCGACUUUUGCCUCCUCCUCGUCGCCGUGCUCGAUGAAGGCAUUAGCUAUGGCCUGCAGCGCACGAAGAGCAACAAUCUCGUCAAGGUCCUUCGCGUCGGACGGGUCUUGCGGCCGCUUCGACUCUUCAACCAAGACGGCGACAUGAAGCUCAUCAUGACCUCGUUCGCCGCCGCGCUCCCCGCGGUCCUCGACGUCCUCGUGCUCUGCCUCGGUGUCUUUAUCAUCUUUGGCAUCGCUGGCCGAACGCUCUUUUCUCAAAAGAUGUACUCGUGCAACGACACCUCGGUGGCCAACCGCGCCCAGUGCACAGGGUUCUACGCCGCGCUACCGCUACCCGCGUCCGACACACCCGUGCUCAUGCCCCGGGUAUGGGUGCCGUACCGCGCUCGCUUUGACACGCUGGCGAGCUCCAUGAUUGCGCUCAUGGAGCUCUCGUCGGUCAAGUGGGUGGACACGGCUGAAUUCGCCAUGGACAUUGUCGGCGUCAACGAGCAGCCGAUUCUCAACUACAGCAUGAUCUACAUUGGCUACUUUAUCUCGUUUGUGUUUAUCGGCGGCUUCUUCCUCAUUCGACUGUUCGUCGGAGUCCUCGUACGCCACCUUACUUGUCUUCCAUCAACUCAAUGUGAACGAUCUUGGGUCGAGCUCGAGCGCCACAUGCUCUUGCUCAAACCUCGUUACAGUGUGCCCGAGCCCAAAAAUGCGACUCGAAGUCGAUUCUACCGCGUGGCGAAAUCCCAUCGGUUCGAGCAUUUCAUGUCGUCGAUCAUCGUCAUGAACAUGCUCUUCAUGCUGCUCACCCCCACAAAAGCAGCGCAGCAAUGGAAGUUUGCGUUCGAGAUGAUUGACAAGCUCUUUGUGAUCUUGUACUCGUGCGAAUUUGCAACCAAGCUCGUCGCGUUCGGCCGCCACAUUUUUCGUGAUACGUGGCACGUGUUUGACUUGGUGCUCCUGAUUGGAUCCUACGUCUCGUACUUGCCCGGGAUUUCGAUUCACCAAAUUUCCCAAGUGGGCCGCAUCUUUCGCGUCAUGCGCGUCAUGAAAUUUGUCAAAGUCAGCAAGGGCGUGCGGACCAUCUUCCGGACCUUCCGCGCCAGUCUCUCGUCGAUCGGCAACGUCGUCUUGCUGCUCGUCCUGCUCUUGUACAUCUUCGCGAUCCUCGGGCGCCAGCUCUUUGGCACGGUCAAGUAUGGCCCGAACCUCAACGAGACGCAAAAUUUCCAGACGUUUGGGAACGCGCUCUUGACGCUAUUUGAGCUCAUUGCAGGUGGCGAGUGGCACCUCCUUAUGACCGACUGCAUGGUGGAAGGCACCGAUUGUGCGACGAUUGGCACCGAGACCGACUGCGGCGAUUACUACGCGGCGUGGAUGUACUACCUCGUAUUUGUCAUUGCGAUCGUGUACAUCUUCCUCAACCUCUUCAUCGCCGUCAUCCUCGAGAACUUUCGGAGCUGCUACGUCAAGGACAUUAGUCCCGUGACGCUCGAAGAUUUCGAGGGGUACCAAGAGGUCUUUGAAAAGUACGACCCGUACCACAAGGGCACGAUUCCCAUCUACAUGCUCCCGCGCUUCUUGCACGACUUGCCGCCCAACUUGCGCGUGAGCACGGCCGGCAACCGCAUGGCGUAUCUGCACCUUCGGUUUGAGAUCGAGCAAGUGCAGCUCGCGCCGUCGACGCCGCAACGUGCGCCGUUCUUCAACGCGCUUCUCCGCACCGUGUGCAUCCACCACAUGGGCAUCCGCGCGCUCUCGUACGAGCAACAGCGCGACCGCGUCAAGCAGAUCUUCGUUAUCAAGGAGAAGGUCGCCGCCAUGAUCGUCCGCGCCAUGCUCCGCGGCGUCAUCGAGCGCACGCGCAUUCGCGCCAAGCGGGAGACCAUAGCGUGGUCCACCGACGCAGUGUCGUGUACACCGGGCUCCAUGUUCACGAUGAAGAGGACGUAUCGCCUCGUUGGUGCCUGGGACUGCGUCAAUGACGCCCAGUGA